AUGAGAGAACAAGCACAACAAGUUGUCCCCGCUUUGUUUCUCCUACUCUUUCUUAAUGUUGGGUUCUCAAAUGGGUCUUUGCUGCCACUCGUAGAUCGUGCAGAGAGUAUGUUGGCUGAUUUCUGGGCAAACCCGUUCCGAGUGUUGGAAAAUAUCCCAUUUUGGCUCCACAGGGGCGACAAGUUUGAUUGGAAGGAGACACCAAAAGGUCACGUUAUCAUGUUGUACGUGCCAGGGUUGAAGGAGGAGGAGCUAAAGAUCGAAGUGGAGAACCAAGUGCUGAGAAUAAGCGGAGAGAGGAAGAGGAGAAGAAAGGGGAUCAUUGGCACCGGGUGGAGAUAUCGCAUAGCAAGUUUACAUGCAUGA